UGUUUUUUUAAAUCUUUGUGAACUUAUAGAAAUUCUGUUGACCCCGAUGUGAUCUAUGAUGCUCCUCUGAAUCCUCACUCAUGUGUCUCUUCUCAGUUCUGUUUUAACUGCAGGAAUCCCGGUCACGGGUUGGCAGACUGUCCAGAGGCUGACAGAGAUGAGGAGAUGGGCCGAGGCAUCUGCUUCCGCUGUGGCUCCACUGAACAUGAAAUCUACAAAUGCAAAGCUAAAGUGGACCCUGCUCUGGGUGAUUACCCAUAUGCAAAGUGCUUUAUCUGUGGUCAGACUGGACAUCUGUCACGAUCCUGCCCUGAUAAUCCCAAAGGACUUUAUGCUCAAGGAGGUUGCUGUCAUAUUUGUGGCUCAGUGGAACAUUUUCAGAAGGACUGUCCAGAGCACCAGACUCCAAAUAAUCAUGUGACAGUGGGCUGGUUGUCCAACAACAUGAGUGCAGACCAUGAGGAAGUGCACAUUCCAGUAAAGAAAGCCAAACCCAAGCAGCCUAAAGUGGUGAAGUUCUAAUCACAGAACUGAGCAGUGCUAAUGUGUAUCCCUCGUUGUACUUCUCUUACCCACCUCAGCUUCUGGACUUCAUAAAUGGACAGGUUACCCACUAACAGGGAAUGAAGUCUUGUAUACCACUGUA